GUGCGCUAUUUAAGAAGCCACCCAGCCGUUGAGUAGCCCUUGUCUUGGCCUCCCAGAGAGCGUGGCGAGGACAGAGGAACAAAUUGAAAGAUCAGAAUGACUGAUACUGAUGAAGCCAAGACUUCAGCUUUUGACCACUUUGAAGAUUCCCAAGAUCUAAUAUAUACGCCGCAAGAACAGUCUAAUGUGCAUGAACAUGUAGCUGCAAGGAGUUCAUGUUUAGGCUCUGCACAGAAAGAUUCUGUAUGUGAAAAACCUUCACAGGAAUCCUACAUCAGUGGUAGAUCUUCCAAAUAUUUCACCUACUUGACCACCACUGUUCCAACCAAUGCUCUGCUGGAUGACAGCGGUUCAGAGAUUGACCUUUCUGAUUCUACUAGCAGCUUGAUCCAACACGAGUGUAACAUUACACCAGCAGCUCGAAGUUCAACAAGGCACUUGGCAAACUCUCCAGCAAAUACAUUAGACAGAGACACUUCAUCUGACUCCUCUCUGGACCCUGGGUCUCCAUUUAAGUUGGCUAAAUCCCCAGGGCUGUCUAGAUCCGCACUCAAUUUGAAAGCCAGUUUUGACUAUCACUUGAGGAGGAAGUAUAGGAGACAAGCACAUCAAAGAUGUAAGGAGAAACCAAAAGAGAGAAAAAAGAGGUACAAGAGCACAGGAAAACCUAGAGGGAGACCGCGGCUAACUGCUCCACAAGAAGAGCAGAAAAAAAGACUUCUAGACAGAGGUUUUCAGUUUUCUUUUGUGGAAAAAGAAUAUGGAAAGAAACAUAUCCCCAUGAAAAUGAUUUUUGAAUAUGAGCAAGCAGCUUUAAAAGGAUAUUUCCAAUACAUUAAGAUGCUCAAAUAUGAAGAACAUCUCAAAAAGGCUUUAAAAAACCUGAAUGCUAGUGAGGAUUUAGAAAAUGAAUGUAUGGCGAUGCGGAAACACAAAUACAUAGAUGACGAAGGACCCAUUUCUCCUAUCGAGGAGACAGAUGGAGAUGACCACAACUUGGAUCCUGAUCAAGAAGAACUUGGUGCCACAAUAGUUGAGAACAGCUGUUUCAUAUUAAGCAGCAAACUUCCAAGCAAGAAAAAAUCAAAGACAAAAGCAAAGCAUGCAAAAACUGAUCAGGGAAGAUGAAAUGAAGGAAGAACAUGCUGCUGAUGGGCCUGGGCCUGUACAGGAGAUACUACACAGAUCAGAAAACUAGUACAUCAUGGAAUCCCGUAAAUGCUGGUUGCUGUAACCCUGACUCUGAGCAUAUAUCUUCAUAUGCUGCUCCACUUGGCAACAAAACAGUUUUUGUUUGAAGUGACUAUGUUCAGCAUUCAACUUAAACUUUCAGUUAUUGCAAGUGAUUAAUCUAGCAUCAGCUAGGUUGUAAAUGUAUAACUUCAGUUUCCUUUGGGCAUGAACGUGACAAACAUCCCCUCAGCGUAGUUUGAAAAAAUUCAUGCUGGAUCUGGGAAUGGAGUUGUUGCUGGUUCAAUUCUCCUUUUUUGGAGAGAGAGAAAAAGGAACCAUUUUAGUUUAUUGCUACUGCAAGAGUUUCUGGAACUUCCAAAAUACACUGAAAUCAAGAUGGAAAUACGUAGUUGGUUGAAAAGGCAUUUCCUAUGGCAUUCUGACUGUAGAGACACACUACCUGACUGCAGUCACUGUCAGGAAGAUCAUCUUCAUACCAAGAUGGCAGUCCAAAUAACUGUGGAACACUUGAUCACCAAUCGUAUUUUCUUCUAGUGUCUUGGUGGAGCACAUGUUUAAAAAGCAAGGCAAGUGAAGUGAUUACAAAGAAGCUUUGUCAACCAGAAAUUAGGAGAUGCCUGUUCAUGAGGCACUAGCUUAGUUAACACUCAACAUGGACUGAAUCUGGUCACAAAAGGAAAUGAGCAAAUUGCUGGAGGGACUUCACUACACUACUAGACCAGAUUUCAUUAUGAUGAAAGAAUUGUUUGGAAGACCGUAUCAUGACACCAACUUGUUUGACGGGUAAUAUACUUACAACAGCUGAAACAUUUAUUCAUCUUUCAAUUUGGAAGUGUCCAUUGCUAACAAAUCACUGACCGCAAAUCCCAAAUGAAGACCAGGAACAAACAUGGAUAUGGAAAAGACCUUUCUAGCUGUAUUGCAAAGAUCCAGUGUCACUGUGCCAAGUCAUGGGAAAACUGACGCUGGCUUCAGAAUUUAGGUUUAUUUUCUCUGGAGUGUGGGCCUUGACUAUUCCUUGAUCAAGAAAUUUGGACCUUGACAAAAUACUGCCCUUGUUUUAACGCACAUGCACUGUGCUGUAAACAUGUUGGAAAGAAUUGUUACACCAACACCCACUUGUACUGGUAGACUAUGCAUACGCUGCACAAUUGUAUGUUGAAAACCUGCAUUUCAUUCAGGCACUCAUACAUGAACCUCUGAUAAAAUGGCAGCCUGGUGCUUUACUUACUGUCAUACAUGCUGGUGCUGCUGUCACUGCAACCACCGAUGCACCACUUAAAGUAGGGUCACCGUUUUUUCCAGGUUUGGCAUCAGUUGGGGAUCUCAAAUUCCCACCUAUUGCAGGACAGAAUGCUUUCUUUUUUGGGGCGGGUGAGGGGGAGGAUUAAAGGGAAAAAUUAGCAGCUGCAAACUGUCUUGAUAUUCCUGGUGCUAGCAGUGCUUUCUUCCUUUUGAGAGCACGGUAUCUUUUGUUUGCAGUAGUAAAUUUGAUACUUUUGUUGCUUUUACCUUUUAACUCAACACAUUACAUGCUACAUUAAGAGUGUACUUGAUGUCAUAUGUGGGUGUCUUUUAGGGUCAAUGCACCCACUUAAAUUCCCAUGCAGUGUUCUUGCUAAGAGUAUCGGGGGUAGCUGUUAGUCUGUAUACACAAACUAAUUUAGUUGCACCUUAAAGACUGACAUUUAUUUUGGGCACAAGCUUUCAUGGGUAAAAAAAUCACUUCAGAUGCAUGGAGUGAAAGUUACAGAUGCAGGCAUUAUGACACAUGAAGAGAAGGGAGUUACCUCACAAGUGGAGAACCAGUGUUGACAGGGCCAAUUCAAUCGGAGUUAGUGCCUUAUGAGCGUCUCACAUGUUGAAACUGCUUAAUAGAUGCCUUCAGGGUUCUGGAGUGGUAGCUGUUAGUCUGCAUCAGCAAAAACAAUGAGGAGUCCUUGUAGCACCUUAAAGACUAAGGUGCCACAAGGACUCCUUUUUUUUAAAUUAAUUCAGGGUUCUGGUUUAUAACAGAAGCAGCUGGUGUUCUUGACACACAUGCCAUGGGACCUAGUAUACAGUGAGCCUUGCCCACACCUGGCACUUGACCCAGAAUCUUCAACUUUUUCCUGAUCAAUUUCCUCUCCAACCUUAAAUUCAGUUUAUGGGUGCACUUCUUACAUCAGUGAACUGCCACAAAGUAUUGGUUUUUAUUUCAGUUUUGAUCAUUUUUAGGUAUCAGUGGGGUGACAGUACUAACUAGUAGGUGAAUUUUUGAAUACCACUAGGGAGGCUCUUGUUAAACACAAGGACUUAAUAAAAAUUACUUAUGCAAUGUACAUAACAAUGUAUGUGUUGUGCUUACCAUUUGCUGAUGUAUUCCAGUAAUUUCUAGUUGAAAGCUGAUGUCUUAACCAGUGCCUCAUUACAACACUGUUGGCAUAAACAAAGCUGGUACUCAGUACCAUUGGACUGUUUCUUUGCCAAUACAAUACUUAUAGUAUCUGUUAAGUUACAAUCUGAGCAUUAACUGAUAACACAGUACUGUCAGUCAGGGGCCACGAUUUAACUUUGUAAGGGCUGCAUGUUUCACAGGCAUGUGAAACUAUUUUAAAAAAAUUGGAUUUUAUGUAUUCAAGAAAAUGUCUCUUCAUUUUCAUGUUUGACACCAUUGUUAGUGGGAGAAGGGUAUCAUUUGAAAGCCCUAACUUGUCUGGUUUCUGAUGACUUAUGAAUAUUUCCACCAACCACUGGUGCUGGAAGGGCAGUGAGUCUCUGCUGCAACACUACAGAUUCAGACUAACACAGCGACCCCUCUGAUACUGCAGAGGGUGACAGCAUUUAAAUUAGGAUUCUGUAAGACAUGGGAAUCAAAUGCCUCCCUUAUCUCUUUAUCAUUAACUAGCUCAUGGAAUUAUGCAUGCUCCCCGACUAAACAGUAUAAUGCUUUAGGAAGUGGUAUGGCCAUGUUACCAUGUUUUCUUGCAUGGUUAAAUAUCUAAUAGUGGACAUGACUAACUGUGUACACUGAUUUUAAUCACCAGAAGCUCAGCAAUUGUUACCUGAAUAUAUGCUUAAUU